AUGUUGACCAGCUCUUCCAUUCACAUGAGGUUAGGCUUCACCUCCAGCCGAAACAAAACUCGCUCACUGUUUCUUGUGCUGCGGAAACCGGCAGUGGUCAUCAAGACAACCAGGGUCCCAAUGCUCUCGCGGCCUGCUUCGUGUCCAUCCUUUGAGGUACCCAAACUCGAGCCGUCCUUCUCCACAAGGCAGCUGCAACACCUGCGCAAGGUGGACGGAGGCCUCUUCUCGGAUGCGCCCAAGUGGCCCAUGGAGACCAGCACGGCGCCUGCGUUGCCGUCAAGGCAUCGUUGUCUCAGCCGCUCCAUUUGGUCCAACACCGUGGGCUGCUACGAGAUGUUCCCCGAGUUCUCCGAGUCGAAGUCAAGCUUUGUAGACCACAAGCUGAAAAAGUUUGGCCCUGUGAAGUGUUUCGUGAGCUAUCCUGACAAGUUCAAGCUCCAUCGCGAAGAGACCUUCAAGCCACUGGGCACCGACUCACCACCACUGGGGCACAAGAGGACUGACUUUCUGCAGGGCGUCCAUGCGCCUCCCAACGCCGUUGCGUUGAUCCUGGAGGUGGACAAGGCCGGCGAAGAGCAGGGUGAGUUGGUCUUGACCGCGCUGGUGCGCAGUGGGCGCUUGGUGGUUGGCCAGUUUUUCGUAGUGGGCACAGCAUUUGGCCGCAUCACGAACCUGUCCUUGGCUGCAGGCAUCGAACGAAACAGGAAGUGGUCCCAGUGCGAUUCGGCCUCGGUGGGCGUGGCCGUGCAACUGACAGGGCUGCGCACACGACGAUUGGGCGGUGAUUGUGCGGUUGACGACCUCCUCUUAGUGUAUCCGCGGGAGCGUGCAUGGCGGCUCUGUGAGCAUCGUCAGCGCAUUGAGCAACUGAUGGCGUGUCAGGUGGCAGGACCACCACUGAAGGCGGGUGGCCCUAUGCCAGCAUUGAACCACCAGAAGUGCGACUUUUUUUGUGGAAUUCAUUUGAUUUUUGUAUACCUGGGAUAG